UAAGUCCUCUUCCCCCCGCCACGUCAGCUGCGCUCCUCCGCGGCACAAGCGCGUUGAAAUCCGGCAGUCUUCCGUGGGUGGAAACUCGCCGUAAAACAAAGUCAUCGCGACCGUUGACUUUGACUCGUCUUGUCCUCUUCACAUGCGAGCUUCAGGACGCGUCGACCAGAGCUUGGAUGAGCCGCCUCACUGGAAUCCCGAGAUGGAGUUGUUGCUGAUCUGUCUUUCCCUGUGGAUAUUUCAAAGCAAUACGGCGAGCGCGGACUCCAUCAUACACAUCGGUGCUAUAUUCGAGGAAAACGCUGUGAGAGAUGAUGAGAUUUUCCAACUCGCCAUCUCAGACUUGAGUCUCAAUGAUGACAUCCUACAAAGCGAGAAAAUCACCCACUCUGUGAAACUUAUUGAGCCUAACAACCCCUUCCAGGCUGUGCAGGAAGCAUGCGAGCUGAUGAACCAAGGGAUUCUGGCUCUGGUGACGUCUACGGGCUGCGCAGCGGCGAGUGCCCUGCAAUCGCUUACAGAUGCGAUGCAUAUCCCCCACCUCUUCAUCCAGAGAAAUGGUGACGGUGGACCUCGAACCGCCUGUCAGUUCAACCCCAGUCCGGACGGCGAAAGCUACACCCUGGCCGCCCGACCGCCCGUUCGGAUCAAUGAAGUCCUGCUCAACCUGGUUUCUGAGCUCUACUGGCAGAAAUUCAUCAUCUUCUAUGAGAGCGACUAUGAUAUCCGUGGUUUGCAAACCUUCAUGGACCAGGCAUCCCGAUUGGGUCUUGAUGUUUCAUUGCAAAGGGUGGACCGGAACGUCAGCCGAGUCUUCACAGAUCUUUUCAACACGCUGCGAACGGAAGAGCUCAACCGCUACAGAGACACUCUACGCCGUGCCGUGCUGCUCAUGAGUCCACGUGGUGCACAGGUGUUCAUCCACCAGGCUGUGGAAACCAACCUGGCAUCUAAGGACAGUCACUGGGUCUAUGCCAAUGAGGAGGUGACUGACGCUGACAUCAUGGAGCUGGUUCACAGCUCCCUGGGGAGGAUGACCAUCAUCCGUCAGAUCUUCCCGCUGUGGAGGGACACCAACGUUCGCUGUAUGAGGAACAAUCACCGCAUCUCCUCCCUGCUCUGUGACCCGCAGGAAGGCUAUCUGCAGUCCCUGGAGGUGUCCAACCUCUACCUGUACGACAGCGUCCUGAUGCUGGCGAACGCUUUCUACAGGAAGCUGGAGGAUAGAAAGUGGCACAGCAUGGCCAGCCUCAACUGUAUGAGGAAGUCCACCAAGCCGUGGAACGGUGGAUGGUCAAUGCUGGACACCAUUCAGAAGGGACGGAUCAGCGGACUAACAGGAUUGAUGGACUUCCGUGCUGAAGGCUCAAAUUCUCAUGUGCAAUUUGAGAUUCUUGGCACCAGCUACAGUGAGACGUUUGGAAAAGAUGUGAAGCGGCUGGCAACUUGGGAUUCCACUCGUGGUCUGAACGGCAGCCUGAAGGAGAAUCGAAUAGAGAGCGGCAUGCAAGGAGUGACGCUCAAGAUCGUAACGUUGCUGGAGGAGCCGUUUGUGAUGGUGGCUGAGAACAUUCUGGGUCAGCCAAAGAGGUACAAGGGCUUCUCCAUCGAUGUCAUGGACGCUCUGGCCAAGAUACUCGGUUUCAAGUACGACAUCUACCAAGUGGGGGACGGGAAGUACGGCUCAGCUCUUCCCAAUGGAUCCUGGAAUGGAAUGAUUGGGGAACUCAUUGGCAAGAGAGCUGACUUGGCGGUGUCGGCCAUCACCAUCACCCCGGAGCGGGAGCGUGUGGUGGAUUUCAGUAAGCGCUACCUGGACUACUCGGUGGGGAUCCUCAUGCGGAAGUCGGAGGAAAAGAUCAACAUCUUCUCGUUGCUGGCUCCGUUUGACCUCGCUGUUUGGGCGUGUAUCGCUGCCGCCAUCCCCGUGGUGGGCAUCAUGAUCUUUCUGCUCCGCCGCAUCCAGGCGGUUCGUUGCCAAAGCAACACAGGAGGCCAUCCACCGCCUUCUGUCUCCACCUCACUUCAGAGCGCCAUCUGGAUUGUUUACGGUGCUUUCGUGCAACAAGGCAGCGACUCCAUCCUGGGAUCUGUGGCUCUGCGAAUUGUCAUGGGCAGCUGGUGGCUCUUCACCCUCAUCGUGUGUUCUUCGUACACAGCAAACCUGGCUGCCUACCUCACAGUGUCACGCAUGGACAAUGCAGUGCGGUCUUUCCAAGACUUAUCGAAGCAGUCUGACGUGAGAUACGGAACAGUUCGGGACUCUGCAGUGUACGACUACUUCCAGGCCAAAGGAACAAACCCUCUGGAACAGGACAGCACAUUUGCUGACCUCUGGAAGACCAUCAACAAAAACAAUGGCUUUGAGAAUUCUGUCUCUGGUCCGGAGGAAGGAAUUAAAAAGGCCAAGCGAGAGCCAUUCGCCUUUCUGUGGGACAUGGCGGUGGUGGAAUACGCCGCCCUGACGGACGACGACUGCACGCUGAUUGUAGCGGGAAACAGCAUGAGCACCAGAGGCUACGGUGUCGCCCUGCAGCACGGCAGUCCUUACAGAGACCUCUUCUCUCAGAAGAUAUUGGAGCUUCAAGAAAAAGGUGAUCUAGAUAUACUGAAACAGAAAUGGUGGCCAAAGAAAGGCCGCUGUGACCUGCAGAGCCACAUCGAUGCCCAGCCAGAGGGAAGGGCACUGCGACUCCACAGUUUUGCCGGGGUCUUCUGCAUCCUUGCCGCCGGACUGCUGCUGGCCCUGCUGGUGGCCGCACUGGAGACCUGGUGGAACAGCAACCACUGCCGGAGAGAGCAGCCCAAAGAGCAGGUGACCAAGGAUUAUGGUCUGGAAAGAGUUUCUGGUCCAUUGACAUAUAAUGACAUAACAAGCGCUUCACCAGAAGGGAGGCGGGACAUUUGGACAGAGAGAGAAAGAGACUGGGAGGAGGCCGAGGCUCUUGACUCAGGACAAAGAGGUGAACCUGGAGCAGGUCCACCAUCGUUUGAACAGCCUCCUGGACGAAGACUUGGCCCACAAGCAGCUGCCAGGCCAAUCUAUCGAGAUCUCUGCUCUGGACAUUGGCAGCAUGCAACCCAGUCAGUCUCUGGAAGUCUUGUCCGCAAGGGACUAUCAAGCCCACCGGGGCCCGCCGCCUCUCUCUGUGAGCACCUUCCUGCAGGAGGCUCAUGGGGCAGGAAGGACAAUUGGCGCUGUCGGUGGCAGGACCUUGCCCCUGCCCCUCAGCAGUGCCACCAUGCCUUCUAUUCGCUGCAAACACAGGGCGCCCAACGGAGGGCUCUUCCGGCAGAGCCCAGUCAAGACACCCAUGCCAAUGUCCUACCAACCAGUGCCAGGAGGACCUAUCCCAGAAGCCAACGAGCCCAGCCACGGGACAUCCAUCUGAGCACGGAGAACACUCACAGACAAAGUGAAGACUGGAGAUCUGAACAGUGCUAACCGUGUGACGAGAUAUACAUUAAAAAAAGAAGAAGAAAAACACACACACACACAGAAAAAAAAGAUUUUUAUUACUAGUGAUGGAGCCUCAGAGGAGUCGCACACAAGUGGACACUAAGACUUUACUGUACAUAUUUGUAAGUAUAAAGAGAGACAGAGAGGCAACAUUAAAAAGUGUAUUUUGAAUAUUCUCAACAGUUGAGUUUCAAAAAACGUGAAAAGUAUUUACAACAAAAAAAGACUGUUUGAAUGGCUUUGUAAAUUCUGUUCUUAACGAAUAAAAGUGACAAUUCUUUGUGGUUGUUUUCUAAGUGCCAAGUUCAAAGAUGUUUUCUUUCAGAUAACUGAAUGUACUGUGAGAAUUCAUGACAAAAAGAUAUUUCACACUUCAGAGGUAUUCAAAGACUUGAUUUGUUUCAUAUGAAAAUAAUAAAAAAAAAAUUCUAAAAAAUAUAUGCCAGUGUUUGAGACGUCUUUGAAGAAGUGACGUGGAGUUGGAAUGAAAGUGAAAAGAAACAUCAGAGAAGAACACACGGACAAAAAAUAGUGAAGAUGAGGUGCACUACUGGAGUUUGUUAGGGUUUACUGAAGGACAAGGUCAUUUUAUUCCACACCAUCAGGUCUAGAGU